AUGGAUGCAGCUUGGCUGAGCCGCAAGGUCUGUUGGGUUUUCUUGGAACGAGUCUUUCAAGAUUCUAGGAAGCUGCAGUCCAUUUGCCAUCAGAGUUACACCCAGGAUGACGCCGCGAGUGGACACAGUGGACAUGUGCUAAGCUACUUGGGUGGGCUCAGCGGAUCAGACGAAGAGGAUAUCGAGAAUCAACUGCCUUUUGGUAAUGUUGCGUCCGAUGGAUCCGGUGAUGUCGGCCUUUCGGUGGCAGACGGAAACGGUCCCGCCUCGAGCUCGGAAAGUAGCGGUGACGAAGAUCCCAUGCAGGCGGAAGGGAGCAUGAUGGAAGAAGUUCGAGCAUUGGCUGAGUAUGCCAUGCCCUCCGACCUGGUAGCUCACCCCUUGACGGGUGCGAUGUCGCCUCCUGUUCCCAUCGGUGCCAAUGAUGGAAUCGAUAACUAUACUUCCGCCGCCUUGGCUAAAGCAGCAAUGCUGAUGCCGGUUUCGAUGGAUCUUUACUCUGUAUUCAAGGAGCCUGACACUCCCAAAUACCUUGUUGGAUUGCGGAGGGGCAUCCUCACAAUGAUCACUUUAGUUGUGUUGAUUACAUGCGCGAGCAUGCACUUCGUAUUGGAGAUUUACACGGCGUCCAUGAGAGCGGAGAUUAUCAGUGCGUGCAGCGAUGCACUUUCGCUUCAAAAUCUUGGUGCUGAUGAGAUCGUCUAUGAAAACAUCACAUCCGAGAAAAUGAAACAAGUGCUGGGCAGCAUGACCCAACGUUUGUCGGUCUCCAUCCAGACACCUGCGGACCGAGCCCUUGAGUCGAUUUGGGGUUCGCUGCGCACGAUGCAUGUGCUCAACGAAACAUGGGAUGGAAGCAUCCAGGAGUACAAGGACCAGAUACUCUAUAGAAUCUUUGUGGAGUUUGACACGCAAUGGGCUAUUCAGGAUGGUCCGUUUGCUUCAGAUGAUAUGGCGGUAUCAGAGAUCCAACAUCCCACAAAUCAGCUGAAGUCGAUAUCGAUUCUUCGAAACUCUGGUGAAGUCAUUGGCAUGGCUGGUAGUUUUUAUAGCGUGAGUUGCCCCCGUUCAGGGCCAGCAGUGUGUGGCAGCUGUGUAGGGGAAUGCAAAGACCUGGACGUUCACGCGUUCGGCUCUUUGGAAGGCCCUCAUGGAAAACAGCUGGUGAGGCGCAAGGUCAAUUUAUCUACUGGUCUACCUGUUGGCCAGCCAUUGCUAGUGGAGCCGCUGGAAUGGCGACAAAGAGUUGACUACCAAGUGCAGAAACAAGCAGCUCAGGAGGCUGGAGCUACUGGAGCUGAAGCCAUUUCCAGAAGAUGGUCCAGAAUCUAUCAUGAUUCGAAACGAGCGUUGCGGAUGUCCUGGACCCAACCCCUGGCAUACUGUGGUAGUUAUUCUUGCUUUGAUGGUGUGAUCUCAGCCGAAGUCUUGCUUGAUCACAUCAGCCAUGAAUGCAAGAGUGGUCUUAGCCGUUUGAAUGGAAUGACGCGGCCAGAUGCAACUGUCACCGCUGCUAAUGCCUCAAUCUUCGUGGUGAACCAUGUCUCGCAGCAUAGAGACCAGCUGGGUCUUCUGUUGGGUUCUGCCGAAUGGCAAGACCCAGAGCGGGACUACCUCCCACGCAACGCAAGCGAUUUGCAGACGCACGAGCCCGAGCAGGAGAUGGUGGCUGCCACUGCCCGUGCCCUCUUCGCCAAGUUUGGCGCAUGGGACGCUGAAGCUCUCCUGGAACCCCAGGAGCUCAGCUUUCGCAAGAGCUAUGCUUUGAAGGGUGAGUUUGUGGAAUGUGGAUUUCAUCGCAUAAACUACGACUUCGCCGAUGGUCAAGACAUGGAUUGCCUGCAAGUGGCCACGAAGUCAGUGGAAUUUGACAAAUUCACCAGAUGGCUCAUAGUUACGGCCGUCAGCGACGGGGCCUUCAAUGCGCACGCCUUGGCGGCGCAGCAGGGGGCCUUUGCCAUGCUGGAGAGCAUCGAUAGCAUAGCGCAGACCAGCAUGAACCAGGCGCGCAUUGCCGCGGCAGUGAUUUUCUUCACGGUGGGUUUCGUGGCGCUGCUGAUAGGUGCCCUGCUCGCCUGGGGGAUCUCAGAGCCCGUGAGUCGCUUGAGCGCCUUGGGUGAAACGGUUGCUGAGUUUCUCUUCUGCAUCAAAGGGGAAUUGACAAUGAUCAUCCCAGUCGGAAAAGUGGUCUCAAAAUCUCAAGGCACGGAUAUCCAGCAGAUGGACGAGUACAAUGGGAUCCUGCCCGAGUUCAUCAUCCCGGCAGCACGUGGCUUUGCCAUCAAAGAUGUCGCCGAAGCCCAGAGGGCUUUCAGAGACUUGGUUUCACAGUGGUUGUGA